AUGUCACAGGAGUCAGACAAUAAGCGUCUGGUGGUGGUGGUCCCCAACGAGAGCUCCUUCCCCGCAGUGCGCCGGACCUACACCAGCGAGGAUGAGGCAUGGCGGACGUACCUGGAGAACCCGCUGACCGCCGCCACCAAGGCCAUGAUGAGCAUCAACGGAGACGAGGACAGCGCCAACGCCCUGGGCCUGCUCUACGACUACUACAAGGUGCCGAAGGAAAAGAGACUCCUGCCAGUUGCCAGAGUUGUUGAAAUUACAGAGGAACAGGAGAAGAGGUCGACGCUGCCGAGCAGCCAAAGCGAGAUGGAGACUCUGGACAAUCGCGUUCAGGUCCUCAAGUCCGUCCCCGUCAACCUGUCCCUGAACACGGAGCACCAGGACAACAAACGGGAGCACUUCAGCAGCUCCACGGGCGGCGGGGGGGCCGUGGUGUCGGGGGCCGUGGUGAAGGCCGAGGUGUACACGUCCGUCUUCACCACGGCGCCGGGGCUUCACUACAGGACGGAGGCGGAGGAGCCAGCGAGGGUGAUCUACGAACAGAGUCCGUACGAGGUGACCACUGUCAGCCACAGCUCGUACGUGAAGGAGGACCAGCAGAGCCCCCCCGACAGCCCGUAUGAGGACGAGAGAGACGGGGUGAGGAAAGACACAACACACACUGUUGUCACUGUAAAGGAACCAUACACACUAACAUGGUGUGACAGCUUCCGGUACACGCUGGACGCCACUCGCUCGCUGCGUCAGAAACAGGGCGAGGGGCCGAUGACCUACCUGAACAAAGGCCAGUUCUACGCCGUGACGCUCAACGAGCUCAGCGCCAACAAUCGCCUCCGUCAACCCAUCAGCAAAGUGCGGAGUGUGGUCAUGGUCGUGUUCAGUGAGGACAAGAACCGGGACGAGCAGCUCAAAUACUGGAAGUACUGGCACUCCCGGCAGCACACGGCCAAGCAGAGAGUCCUCGACAUCGCCGAUUACAAGGAGAGCUUCAACACGAUCGGGAACAUCGAAGAAAUCGCCUACAACGCCAUCUCCUUCACCUGGGACGUGAACGAAGAGGCCAAGAUCUUCAUCACAGUCAACUGUCUGAGUACGGACUUCUCUUCUCAGAAAGGAGUGAAGGGUCUUCCCCUGAUGAUCCAGAUCGACACGUACAGCUACAACAACCGCAGCAACAAGCCGCUGCACAGGGCCUUCUCCCAGAUCAAGGUCUUCUGUGACAAGGGAGCAGAGAGGAAAAUAAGGGACGAGGAGAGAAAACUUUUCCGUAAGAAGUCCAAAGGUUUGAGCUGCAUGAGAAUUAUUUCUCCAGGGAAGGACGGAGGUGCGGGUGUGAUAUCUGCCCCCAAAAAGUCUGACGCCACGUCUUUCAAGACCAUGACUGACCUGGAGUCUCAGCCCGUCCUCUUCAUCCCUGACGUCCACUUCGGUAACCUGCAGAGGGCUGGACAGGUGUUUACCUUCAACACGGAGGAAAUCGAGAGAGACGGCUCGGGCGUGCUGGUGAAGAGGAUGUUCAGGCCGUCAGACGAGGACCUGUGUUCGUCGCCUCUCAAACAGAUCAAAGAGGAGACGCACAAGAGAGUGCUGUUGUACGUGAGGAAGGAGGCCGACGAGGUGUUUGACGCUCUGAUGCUGAAGUCUCCCACGCUCAGAGGCCUGACGGACGCUAUAUCCGAGAAGUACAGCGUGCCCACGGACAGAGCAACCAAAGUGUACAAGAAGAGUAAAAAAGGGAUCCUCGUGAACAUGGACGACAACAUCAUCGAGCAUUACUCCAACGAAGACACCUUCAUCCUGAACAUCGAGAGCCACACGGACGCCUACAAGGUCACGCUGACGGAGAUCUGA